CGCGAACACCCGACAAAUUUAUAGGUACUUUGUAGAAGCGAGAAAGAGCAGAACAAGCUCAAGCUAGAUUAGACAAUACCGUUAUUCAUGGUCUUCAGGCCAUGCGGAUCAUGCGCUUUAACAGCUGCGCAGCCGCUCGACCUGGAUGUUGAAAUUACCACCGUGCAACUGUUUUGCGUUCCUGUCUCGUCGUCGUAGUAGCACAAAAGAUACUUGUAGGUCAGCACUACCUUCCAAAAUCAAUUCUCACAAAUUAAUAUCUUCCUCCACAGCCGCCCCUGCCAGCACGCAAGCCUCGGCGACGGCUGCUCGACCGAAAAGCUCUGUAACGGUUACCCCCGUCGACGGAGGUACAACUUCUACUUCUGCGACGAUCAAGGACAACUCGAAAUCUAGUACAACGACCGCAGCAGCUGCAUCGGCGGGUAGUUCUACCUCUGCAGCUACAACUUCUGCCGCCAAUAAAACAUCAAGCUCUAGUAUUACCUCAGCGGCCGCGCCUGGCGUGGCCAAUAAAACUGCGGAUAGCAAGAAAACUACGACCACUGCGACUAAAAAUACUGCGAAUAGCAAAAUUUCUUCGAAAACCAGCACUACCAGCACUGUUUCAAGCACUACCACAAGUUGUAAAAAAGACGGCGCCAGUUCCAAAGACGUUUCUGGAGCCUCCGCCACAGUUUCCGCAUCUUCUACCAAUAAUUCGGCAGGCGCAGCCUGCCAAACAGAGGAGAACAAGAAGACCGAUAAUCAGAAAGGCAAUAAGAAGAACCAAGAAAACAACAAGCCUUCUACGUUGAACAAGGAUUUGAGUGGUGAUAGCAAAAACACUUUACUCCUUGGGAGCAAGCCCAAACAAGUAGUUUCUGUGGCACCUACGGGCUGCCGGAAUAAGAAGAAGAAGAACAGGGGACAUAGUACUGCGGGUAUAAUCUUCUUCUUUUGGGAUCAUACUGCUCAUGCAUGAAGACUUGCAUGACGAAAACAAAAGGAACUGCAACGCUAAGUGGUCUUCACUGCAUGCAAUUGAUCUAGAACCAUUUUUUCCGGAUUUUUCUCAAGAAAGUCCCUCAUUCAAAAAACAACAGCUUCGACGUCGACCGUGUGCACUAAAAACUCGGAGCCGCUCUGUAACUGCCCGAGCUGCGGAAGGCUCUGUCGCGAGGACGAGUUGCAGGAACUACCGGACAUCUGGUCAGAAACAGACGAGGAGGAGGAGGAUGAGGACGAAGACUCCGUCUCCGGCACUACAUCAGAUGAACAAGAAUCCGGCGCAGCUGCACUAGAAGACCACAGCAAGACCUCGACGAGCAGUCCUCCGCCGAGGUUUCUGUCCGACGCUCUCGACAAGUUCGAUCUUGACCAAUUCGGGAAGAACGUUACUGUCUCGGACGAACUCUCCAAAACCACAGUGUGUGAGCAGUCGAAGACGACUUCUGCGACCAUUGGCGGGCCGAAGACGACGGCGAACUUGAAGAAGAAGGAAAAUAAAAAAGGAGAAUCUUCUACUUCCUACGUUUCCUACAUUGACGACCCGAAAACGGGGUUGCGAACCGUUUGCGUCGACCGGGAGACGAAGAACAAGGACGGGAGCACGACCAUUUCCCAAGUGGUGAUUCAGGAGGCGUUCGUCCCCUGCUCUGGUACAACUGGGGGCACUGCUGGAAACAAUAAAACCAGUUCUGGCACGACGGUGUCUACUACUACUGGCGGAAACAAAAAGACUUCGUCUGCGCCCUCCCCGCGAUCCAAGGCACCUCCGCCGGGAACAGCGAAUAGAGGUGGUAGUGAUACAAAAAACGAAGCACAAACCGGCAUCAAGUGGGUGGACCGGAAACUGUCAGAGGAGAAGGAACAGGCCCUAGAGAAGGAUUCGUCUAGUACAACAACCAAAGCGGUAAAACAAGGCGGACCACAAGCAUCUCCCUCUGCGAGCACUGCCGCGCCACCUACUCCGGCGCCGGAAAAGACGAAAGCCGUUGCGGAAAUCGAGGACCUCCCCCGCCUUCGCCAAACCAGCAGUUCCAAACCGAAACCCAUGAGCAAGAAGCAGAAGAAGGCCGCGGCCAAAGCCACGGCUGCUGCGGAGAAGAAGGAACAGGAGCUGAAAGAGCAAGCGGAGAAGAACGCUUACGCCACGGCUGUGUUAGCCGCGGCCGCGGAAAUCGAAACGAGUCCGGGGAAAAAGUUAGACCUGGAGAUGGCGAAGAUCAUCCGGCAGAACAUCCCCGAUAUCGACGAACGGAUCAAGGUGAAGGACCCAUUUGAAGCGGUGAAGGGACUGCCGGGCGCGCCGGGUCCACCCGUUGUGUUGAAUAACAGUACUAAACCUACUGGAAGUGCUAGUUCUGGUACACAACCUGCUGCACAACAAGCCCCGCCUGCACAGCAAUCUGCGAAUGCGGUUGGAGGUGCCGGAAAGAAGAAGCAGCCGCAGGCGGCGCAACAACUACCGGUUGUUCCCGCGAAGCAAUCUGGUAGUACAAUUACAGCUACCAAUAGUAAAGCUCCCUCUGCUACUACAACAACGACCGCGCCCAGUACUGCGACCGCAACUGCGAAAACCGCAGGAACGACCGGAAAGCAGCAAGGCAAGGCGUCCGCUGCACCCAGUACGACGACCACGACCACGACAACCAAACAGGAACAAAACAAGAAGCCUGCAACUACCGCUGCCGUAACCACCACCUCAUCUUCUUCGACGUUGUCGUCCACUACAACCCCCGCCAGCACGUCGGAAACAGCGAUAGUAGCUAAAACCCCGCCAACCAAAAAUCCGUCCGCCAACCCGAAGAACGCAGUUGUCUCGAAGAAAAAGACAAAGAAGGAACUCGACCUCUGUCUCGCGGAUUACGACGAUGCUUAUGUGCUGGAAGACAUGAUUGAUUACGUAACCUAUUUGAAAGUCCAAAUGUACCCGCACAAAUUCACGGAAAACGAGCGCAAGCAGUGGCGGGAAUUCGGGGAAAAGCACUUGGACGGAAAAAACCAAGAGGAAAAAGACCAGAUUUUUAAGGACAUUUUGUACAAGUUUAAGAUGGCGGGGUUACUCGGAAAGGAGUACGACGGGAUGAUUUCUAGUGAUUUCAAAAACCCGGAAAAAGCGGACAAACUCCUCAAACAGAUGGAGACCAUCAGGAAACAAGAACAGGGGGAAUACCGGUUGAAGUGGCUCGGGAAACUCACGUUGAAACAACGUUCCCAGUGCAAGUGGGACAAGCAAUUGAUGAAGGACUUCUACGAGAAAACGAUCCGAGAAAAGCCCGAGUGCAUCGACCCGCAUUACUUCGACCCGAAGGAAAAAGAACACGAGUUGACGAAGAUGUUGAGUCACAACGAUAUUAAGAACCUCCACGUCCGGGAAGUGCAGGACUACUGGGCGGUGCGGAAGUACAUGCGGGAUUACGAUGUUUCUGAGCAAGACACUUUGAAGGCGAUGGGGGACACGUUCUGGUUCCGCAAUGAAAACCCGUUCGUAAAAGAACAACCACUGCACGUCCGGCGGCCGGUGAAAGGGACGAAUAAGAAGAACCAGAAAUCGACUUGGACGGACCCCGCGUCGAUCACGAACCAGCAAAAGAUUGAAGCGGACGCGGCGCAAGAUGAGUUGGAACGGGAGGAAAUGAUGGAGGUGGAGAAGUAUUUGCGGAAAAGGUUGAAGAAUAAGAAGCGGAAGGAAGCAAGGAAAAUAGCGAAGCAAGAAUCGAAGGCUGCGGCUGGGGAGGGGGGUGAAGGAGGUGGUGUAGUUGAUGACCACGAUUGUUCCGACUCGGACGACGAUGACGAUCUCGAUUCUGACGACGAGAAAGACAACGCUAUGACCCCGAAAAAGAAAAAGUUGGCCAAUGCCGGGAUUUUCACGCCAGUGUCAAAGGGAACCUCUUCGCCCGGUUCGGCGGACAAGGACAAUAAGAUCGAAUUGUCUCCCUCAUCUCCGAGUAAAGACAAAAAUCAAGGUACUACCGAAGACACAUCAAUCAACCAGCCGGCGAAAAAAUUAAAUGGGAAGAUGAAGAAAAAAUUAAAGAAGUUGCAAGAGCGUGCGGAGGUUCUAGCCGCGUUGGAGUCCUCCGACGAUGAAAGAAACAACAACAGGCAAAUGAUGUUUCAUGCAGAGGGGCAGCACAUGGCCAAAGUGGCGAGCAAAAGUGGGUUUUCCGCGUUGCAGGAUUCCUCCUCCUCCUCUAAAAACACGUCGAAUUCUCGAAAAUCCGGCACUUCUCCCACCUCCCCGGUGGAUGAUGAGUGGGAAAAUGAUGUUUACCGAGUCGACGAGGAAAGUGAAAACGAGAAUCAAAACGAAAACGACACCUCUCUCUGGGAAGAGUGGCCGGAAGAGGAGUUUGCGAAUGUUGUUGAGGUGAAGAGCGACCCCGUAGUUGCAACUACUUCUCUAACCCCGGAUGUUCUCGAGCCGCUAGAUUCCGCAGACGGGUUCACUUAUCAAAUGCAAAUCUGUCUGGGUCUGGAAGAAUGCAAGUUUGUCAUUCGCAUGACUCUCGAAUCUGUCAUGCAUAGGCAGGAAAGCACAGGCAGCCUCUUACCUGUCAUGCAAAAACGCAGUUUGUCAUGCAGAAAGCGAAACGCAUAGGAGCUCAGAAACUGGUCAUGCGUGGCUGCGUAACGCAGUGCGCCCACCAUGCAGCACAAACUAGCAUCACAAGUUUCCAGACCCAGACAUAUUUGCAAUGCAUAUCACUGCGGUGCCUGUGAAACAGCGGAAACCGGCGGCGCCGAAGGUGGUCGACGUGAUUCGAAAUGGGAAGAAGGUCAGCAGGUCGGAACUGACUGUGGAAGCUAAUCAGCGAAUUGUUGGGAAGGUACAAGUUGAUGUAUUUGAUGUCAUGCGUAUUAGCGGAUUGGAGAUGAUAUCUUUUGUCAUGCAAAUAACGUACGCUCUUUCUGUCUGACAAAAAUCUGCUCUUCAACAUCAACCUCAGGUCGUUGCCUUCUGUGUGGAUUCUAGUACGGGCGAGCGAUACGCCGUGAAGAUUGAGAACACUUACAAGCUGGAGUACAUGCUGUUUGGCCGGUUCAAGCUCUUUUCCGAUCCGGCAGACGAGUAUCGGGUACAAAUCGGAGAUUACGUGUCUUUUAUCGUGAAAAGGUACCUGGAUGCCGGCUCGCGUGGGGACAACGAGAAAAAAUAUGGGGCGUACGAAAUUGAAAUUGACGAAAGUGGUACGAAGUUGUGGGAGCUGCCGCCGCAGAAGAAUAAUAAACAGGGGAAUAAGAAGGGGAACUGGAGCAACGAUCAGAUGAACAAGAGUCCCGCGGUCAACAAAUCGGGUCUUGGCUCUAGCGGAAAGCAGCCUCUGAGCAGCAAUUGGGCCACGGCCGAGAUGAAGACUCCGCCCUUGGACAAGGCGAUUAGUACUCCAGUGAAAGGGAGUGCUAGUAGUUCUGCUUCUGCUGCAUCUGGUGCAGAAGCUUCUAAGUCUGUUUCCGCGAGUUCUUCAAAAGAGAACAAGCCUGCUGCUGCUGUUGCUGAACAAGGGCUACCCCCCCAACAACAUCGCCCGAAAUUCUCCGACAAAUACUCCAUUUUCGAGAAGAAGCUCGACGACUCGAAGAUCAGGGAGGAAAAUAUCCCGAUUGCCAGGAAAAUAAAUGCGAAUCUACCGCUUGCCUUCCAGCGGGGUGGAGAGAAAAAGUCGAAUUUGUCGAUUGUGCGGGAAAAAUUGCAGCCGACGCCAGUGAUGGACGAAGUGAUUGACUUGAACAAAUUGGUGAACGCUAAGAAUCUGACCCCGUCGAAGCCACAAGCUCCUGUAAAAGUUGCGACGACCCCACCAUUGCCUACGACUCUGCCGCCGCCAGCUCCGUUAGCAGUAAAGCCGGUAGCUGCAGAAGCAGUGAAAGCUGCGAAAGAGGGGAAGAAAGUGGGGCAGCAGAAGGUCGCGGAGACCACGGCGGCGCAGCAGACGGCGAAAGAGGCUUCCGUGCCGCAGCAGGUCCAAAAACCAGCCCCGGUCGUGCCAGUCGUGGCAACUACUGCGUACGCAGCCAGCAACCAAGUUGUCACGUCCCACAGCCACAAAGCCCCCCUCCGAAACAAAUCCGUGCGUAAAAAAUCCUCCGAGUCCCAAGACAGCAAGAAGACCCCGAAAAAGCCGAAAUCCAAGUCCAAGUACGCGAUCUACGACGCCCAGAAGAUGCUGGACAUGGGAGGAACGCUCCAGAAAUCCCCGCUGAACACGCAACCGCACGAAAACGAGGCGAGUAACAAGUACCCGAUCUUCGUGCCGGCGGGGGUGAAUAAGCAGAAGCAGAAGAACGUGCCGAGAUUCAGUUUGAAGUCCAUGAUGACGCGAGAAACUUCGACUGGCGAUUAUUACCCCCAGCAAGAUUUAAGCACGAAGGUCGCGCUGUUCAUGAAGGACAAUGGGGCGGAGUGCAUGAACAAACGGGACUUCCAAAUUACGCCUGAGCAGGCCGUGCAGGAAAAUAGCAACCAGGACGACAGUUCUCAACAACUUUUCGGCGAGAUCCCAACGAUCUCUGGGGAGAACCUCAAGGCCCCUGAUGACUCCGCGAAGUCUUCCCGUUCCGUCCCCUGGAUUUCCACGACGACGCCGACGAAUGAGGCAGAUGCUGCUGAUGGUGCGGCGAAGUUCAUGACAACAAACUAUAAAUCCAAGCGGGACAAGAAGCGGGAGAAGGAGCAGCUGGAACUGCAGAAGAAGAAGGAACGAGAACAACAGAUGGAAUUGCAAAAUUUGAUCUGUCUCGACCCGCCUGAGACGGCUGAAGACAUGGCGACAGUGAUGAUGGUUCUGACCGCGGCGGAUGAGGAGCAAGGCAUCAAGCGCCCAUUGGGCACAAGAACCGCGACGACGCCCCCUCCGAGGUUUUCCCCGCCAAGAAAGACGGCCGAUCAGACUCACGGGGUCUUUGUCCCGAAGAACUCUGCCAACAUGAAGGUAGAAUUACCCCCAACACCUCGGCACAUGCCACCGCCGCCGCCGGCAGCUGCAGUAGUGCCUGCGCAAGUUCCUGCAACCCCAACUGCUGCCCCGGUCGUGCAGAAACCGCAACCGGCCGCAAAUCUAAAUCCCGCUGAGCUUUCCGUGCAGAAGACGAAAAAAGUGUUUGGCCGUUCCGGCGCGGCCGCUGCGUUCUUGCAGCAACUGAAGAUGACGGAUGGCGGGAUGGGUUUGAAGGCCACUCCGGCGGCUGUCGGAGUUUCUGCGAAGCCAACUCCUGUGUUGCUGGAAACGCCAGUGGUUGCUACUGCUGUGGUAGAGGAAGUUUCUAAAGCAGCUGUUCCGGUUGUUGCAGCAGCAACAUCUCCGCCCCGACCUCCCGGGUUGGCCACCCCUACCCCGGUGAAAGAAGAAGCGCAACUACAACAAGCUGUGGAUCCUACAGAAAAACCCUCCAACACCUCCUCAGACGAACCUGAGACAACCCUUGACCUCGGCGGAACUCUUCUCGCAGGGCUGCUGGAUAACCUCGGCGGGCCGGUGGCGACUUCUUCUAGUGAAGAAAAUGUGACUGCGGAACCAGUCUCGAAAAAAGAUGACCACGACACAACAACCUCCUCGGCGCAUAGAGAAGGAGGUACAGCACAUCCUCCCCCGGGGAUCGUGCCGCCAACCGUGGGUUUACCUAGCGAUGGAACCACGCCGGCGUCGUUGCGCGGAGUCGCGGGGGUGAAUACGUCCACGGAAAAUGAGUUGUCUGCUUCUCCGGCUGUUGUAAAACACGGUAGAAACGUUGGCGAAACGACUGCUGUUCCUGCUGCGGGACAACACAUCCCCUCUGUGCAACAGCAACAGAGGAUCGUGCGGCAGCAACCCUCUUCCCCAACCCCCAUUAUCAACAGUUGGGCCUCUGUCGCGGCCUCCAGAACAACAGGUGCAGCAGACGCAAACUCCACAGCCAUCAACAACCUGACCGCAAGGGUUAACAACAGCACCAUAGCUACUGCCGCAGCACCUCCAGCACCAGCAGCCAACUUCUCCUCCAUCGGCAGCAUCCCUCCGUUCCGCCCAUCGAGGAACUAUGUCUCCGGAUCCACCAUGCUCCCGUUCGAGGCCCAGAUUCGCUUGGACCAAUUGGUUUUGCGGUUGAUCGCGACGAAUGCGCCAGGGGUGGUGGAGCGGAGUAAUGGGAGACGGGAGCUGUCCUUGUCCACGAUUGGUGGGGAUGAGGAGUUUAAAAACAUCAGGAGGGAGUACGGCAAAUUAUCCGGGGGCAUUUCGUCGUUUCUGUUGCAUUUCCCGAACCGGUACGAACUUAAUGUCAACUCGGCGAACCAAACCUAUGUGAAGCUGAAGAAUUAUCAUCACACAGAACAAGCUGCUGCUGUUUCUAGCAGCGCGAUCAACACGACGACGGUGCCACCUCCAGUGGCACUGACAACAACUCUGCCGACGUCCUCUCUGGGAGGCGGUCCUUCUUCUUCUGCAUCUACCACUCCGGCGCAUCAGGGGGCCCGGAAUAAUCUCAACCUCACAACGACCCCGUCUGGAGCAGCAGCUGCUGCUGCUGCUGGUAUGAUCACACCAUCGUCCUCCACCAACCGCACUCCCACCUCCUACUCGCUGAUCCAGCAACAUUUGGAACAUCUCGACCGGAAGGCGAGGGCACCGAAUGGGCCUCCGGAAGACAGGUUGGUGUCAAGGUUAGAGUACCUGUGUUUCUUCCACGCGUUACAGAGGCGACAGGAUAUGGUAACGCACACGCCGGGUGGGGGGUUAUUGUCCCCAGCCACGGAUGUGGAACAGGACGGCGCGAUCCGGGAAACCAUUCUCGGUCCGGACCCGAUUUUGUUAUGCAAGACAAAUUUCCCGUACAUGUACAAGAUGCAUCUCAAAUUUCACCAAUUUGAACAAGCGUCAAACUUGUCAUGCUAAACUAGGAUCGAAGCCAAGUUUUGUCAUGCGGAGACCGCAUGUGUACGUGUACGGGAAAUUUACUGUGGAUAUUUGUCGGAAUUACGACACGAUCCGCGGGGGUGGGCCGGGAAGCCGUUGUCGAAAAUUUUACAAGAGGUGGAAAUCCGGUGGGGCCCGAGGCGACGGUUUAUUUUCAAGUGGAUCCAGCGCCCGAAUAACGGGGGACUGGCGUACUCCGUGAAGAUCCAUCCGCAACACAAGGAGCGGUUCUUAGGACCACGGGGGAAUGAUAAUUCCGGUAGUGUCAGCGCUCCGGGGGCGGUUGGUGCGACGAGUGCUGUUGGUGCGCUUGUUUCUGGUUUUGUUCCAACGCCAUUCAUAUGAACUGCAAAAGCAUCGUACUAGUAGUAAUUGCAAUACAAAUUAGCUCAGCAUGACAAAUGGAAUUUGUCAUGCUGUUUUACCUUGGGAAGAAGAUUUGUAAUGCAUGAUUGCGAGUACUACGAGUACGAUACUUUUGCACAGGAUAAUUCAUUUCCAAUGCUGCGGGAUCGAAGAAUACAGCCGCAGCAGCUUCUAUGGAGAGAAAAAAGUUUGUCACAGUCACUAACUUGCAGGCUCUGCAUUACAAAUUUUCUCAGCAUCACAAACUUUCCUUGUAUUGCAGAAACACUAGGGAAAUCCCUAAUGAAGUUUGGCUGUGAUGCAUUUUUACGCAUGACAAACAAUUUUGUAUUGCAAGAAUGCGCAUGAGCGAUCGUGACGAACUUUUUUUCUUUGAUAGCUUCUACUUGGACCAACCCGGCGACCUCAGCGGCCCCCACGGGAAGUAGUACUGUUUAUGCCGGAACGGGAACAUCAUCAAAUCAAAAUCUGCACUACGGAACAUCAAGCGCUGCAACCUCCACGACGACAAUCUCCUCGGUUAUUUACUCCCAACAGCAGUACUACCAGCAACUCAAGUACAGCCGCCCGGGCGAUUGGCGGCCCUACCAACUGGAUCAGGAACAGAACGGGGACCCGAUUUGCAAUCUAGUCUUGAAACACCUGGAAGAGAAGAUGUUGUAUGAAAACCACGAAGUUCCGAUCAUUUUCUCCGGAUUCUUAAACGAAUCCAACAUUCCGGGGUUGAACUGGGCGAAGGAUAAUUCCUACAAGGUGAAAAAGGAAAGCGUGUCCAUGCGGCGGGUGAUCGAGCAAGAUCCGCGGUUGGAUGUCAAAUGGGUCGGGAACGACGGGAACUGGAAGGUGGGGUUAAGUAGGGACUACGGGGGGAACUUCUCCAGUCACAAUGCGUCCUCUUAUAACACGAGUAAGCAAACGAACUACAGCAGCUACUACAACCCGAACGCUUUGGCUACUUCGUCGCACCAUAAUAGCAAGUCGUCUGUUGGGGCGGGAGGUGUAGGAGCUGGAGCUGCAUCUUCUCCGGAGAUGAAAACUAGUAUGAACACAACGAGUUUUAACUUGAAGCAACACGACAGGGCAAGGGCUUUACUUGGAGCGAGGAGCGGGGCGACGACACCCAGCAACUACGCCGGGGAGGAAGUUGUACCAAACCACAGUAGCAGCUCCCAUCUCUCCGAGCAGAUCAGGAAGGAAAAGAAAGACCAAACUUCUCCUAUCUGGGCCGACGACGAUAGCGACAACGACAUCGAUUACGACAAGACCGCGAAGACACUUCCAAAAAGGAACAAAAUCGGCGAUUUGUUGUUCCAAACGUUAAUCAAGCUCCCGACCGGUCCGUAUCAGGAUCAGGUGAUUGAUAACCAGCAGUUCGGGGAGAUUCCGGGGAUACGGGAAUUAUUUCCGAAAUUGAAGGUCCCGUUUACUGAUAACAUGAUUUUCGAUAUCGUGAAAAAAGACGGGCGAUUUCAGUUUAUGCGGGAAGAGCAGGGGUCCGCGAGUCCUUACGCUCAUAUGUCGGACAAAUGGUAUGUGAAAUUAGCCGAUUUCAUGAGCGAAGAUGAGAAAUCGAACAGCGGAAGCUGCAGUAGUAGCUCUUCCUCUUCCUCCUCCGCUGAUGAUAAGGACAAUACAAAACAAGACGACCAAGACGAGAAUUAUCAGGACAACGGCAUGCCCAGUUACGACUACUUCUUCGGAACGAGCAGCAACUCCAAGCGUUCCGGCGCGCGGGAGGACGCGAGUGAAAACGAGGAGGGUUACGAGGAUGAAGUGGAGAUUAAUCGUCGUGCCAUUAAUACGCAUGACAAAUAUGGGAAGUCGACGAAGAAGCAGCUGUUCGGCGAAAAUGACAGCAGCAGCUCAGAUGAAUCUUCAGUGUACAGUGAUGAUGAAGCAGAGCAGGAGAAAGAACAAGGUGCUGGAGGUGCCGCUGAUACUCGUACCAAGAUCGUGAUGAAACAAGAUGACAUCGGGAAUAAGAGAGUAGAGACCACGACUCCGAACAUGAACAUGAUUGACGCGGCUUCCCCGGCGAAGUCCUUCCAUUCCGCGCAGGAGGAGGCGGAAGAGGAGAUUUUACUUGAGGAGCACAUCCAUGAAUACGGCAACAAAAAGGAGCGAGAACUUGUGGAGCACAUUCACCAGUACGCAAGGAGCGGAAAAAAGGAAAAGGAAGUAGCGAAUUCUGGUAAAAAAUCUGGGACCUCCGCCAGUCCGAAUUCCCUCGAUCAGAAUUUGAUGUACUCUCCCACCGGGCCCACGACAAAUAUUACCUCCAGCGGAACAAGAGAGGCUGCACUUGGCAGCUCUGGUGUUUCUGCGUUAGUAGAACCGAGUAGUCCAAUCGGAGUGCAGUUGGAGGAGGUGCAAAUGGUGUUUGAUCCGAGCAAAAGGAGAUCUUCGAGGAAGAUUGUGGAUCAGCCGUUGAACCAGCAGUCGGCGCCGCACUUAACAUCUACUUCCAAGAAAGAACAUCAACACACUGAGACGAGUUCCAAUGCGGUCGUGAAAAAUAAACCCCCGCCGCCCACAACAUCCGCCAUCGAUGGGUUGUUGCAUCUGACCUCGAGUAGAACCGCUGCAUCCACUUCCACCGCCAUGGGUAGUGGGAACAAUACUGCUGCGGGAAUUUUCAAAUCCGGUUUAUCUUCAACAACGAAGGGACAACAUUAUCCGGUGGAUGCCCGGCCGAGUGGGGCGCCAGCGCCCAUGUUUCCGGAUAACAUGUACGGGAAUUACAGCAAGGGGAGUACUGAUGGUGGAAAUAAAGUUGGCUCUGUAGCUGUUCAAGGAUCGUACUACCAACAACCGCAAAGCGGCACUAGUUCGAUAUCUUCCUACAACCCCCGCAACAGUAGUACCACGACGACUUCGCAACACCACCAACAGCAACCGAUAUUAUACCACAAGGGUGGUCAGGCGUUGCCCCCGCAGAGUAGUUCUGCUUCAUCUUCCGUGUUUGCACAACAUCCAGCCGCAAGUGGUUCUACUACUUCCAGAGUUGUUCCGUAUUCAGUGGUGACCCCGGGUGGGUAUCCAGCAGCUUCUAGUACAACUACACAGCAGUAUGCGAUGAAUCAACCGGGAAGUUACACGACCAGUAGUGCGCAGCAGCCGCACCAGCAACAGUACGGUGCUGCGCGUGGCGUUCAGAACCUCAACAUGGCGGGAGCUGCUAGUGCUGUUUCAUCUGCGAAUAAGAUGUACAACCACACAGCAGGACCACAGCAAGUAACGAGUCAGCAACAACUUUACCAUCAACAGCAACAGAUGCAACAGCAGCAACAGAACCGUGCAGUAGCUCCAACUCCGCAAUCUGUGUCCGGGCACCAGAGUGCACAGGAGGUCGACCCUUUGAUCAUGCGCAACUACAAGCAGCAGAUGGCAAACGCCUACAACCAGCAGAUGGCAAAUGCCUCUGCCGUCGCGAUGCAGGCCCAGCAGCAGGCACAGAACCUGUACGGCCAGGGAAAAGCACAGCCGCAACCCUUGGCCCCGCAGGCUGUUGUAGCGGGUGCGAUGAACAACAGCAUGGGCCAGGCGGGAACGAGGAUUCCGCCAAAUACCGUGAUGUUUUUACCGAAUAGUGGAAGUAGCGGACAGCAGCAAGUGCAGCAAUCUUCGCAACAGAUGAUCCCGCAACAGCAACAGACUUUGAUGAUGUCACAACAGCAACAGCGCCAGCAACAUGUGAUGCAGCAACCGAUGCAACAGCAACCGAUUUUAUCGCAGCAGCAGCAGUACUAUCAGCAACCUACUUCUGCUUCUGGUUCAUCUUCUACCAAUCUUCUGACAACUGCUGCCCCGACCGUGGUUGGAGUCCCGGUGCAGCAACAGGGAGCUUCUUCUACUUCGAGGGCAGCACCCGCCGCGAACACGACGAAUACCGGCGCCGGCCGCUCAGGGUGGAAAGAAAAGCAAAUCAAGAAAUACGAGAGGAAGUUUGAAGAGGCGAUCCUUGCGCAGGACAUGGACGCAGCGGAAAAAUGGUCGCAAUUGAAAGACGCUCUGGAAAACGAAACGGACUCGGAUUCGGACUGA